GACGUCACUUCCGGAGGCGGGGCGAGGAAGAUCUUUCUGGGACAGGAAGAGGAAAGCCUGAGGCGAGAAGAAGAAGAGGAGGAGGGAGGUGCAUCCUGGACAAUUCUUGUAAAUAAAAUCUUGUGACAGCUUUGCCGUAGCAAUUCUCUAACUCUGAAAUGGCAUGAAGGUAUACAGCUACGACAACAAAGAAGAAAUAAGUAGGAAAAAAAUCCAUACAUCUAUGACAUAAACAGGGAAAAGCAAAGCUAUGACAUAAAAAGAGAAGUUUGGAAAAGGAACCAGAGAUCCUACAGAGAAAUGUGUGAUUGAGAAGAAUUCCUUUUCUUUUGAAAGAGUUUGUUUUGUGAACUUCUGACAUAGCAUGUGAAUCAUAAUUUACAAACCAUGGAAAAUCCUCUACAUCCCUAUUCCAGUGCCCAGAAAGUGGAGGAGGUUUAUAAGCUUAUAGCAUGUGGCAAAUGCUUAAGAUGGAGAAGUGUUCUUGAUGUACAUCAGAUAACAUACACAGGUGGAAAGCUGUACAUAUGCAUAGAAUGUGAAGAGACUCUCAGUCCAAGUGAGACAUUGCAAUCUCAUCAACAGCCCCACACCGAGGAGAAGCGAUAUAACUGCAUAGAAUGUGGAAAGAGCUCUCUGAGUGGACAACUGCAUUCCCAUCAAAUAGGAGAGAAGCCUUAUAAAUGUAUAGAGUGUAGAAUGAGCUUCAGUCAGAGAGGCAAUCUGCUUGAUGUACAUCAGAUAACACACACAGGUAGAAAGCCGUAUACAUGUAUAGAAUGGGGAGAGAGCUUUGGACGAAGUGACCAUCUGUGUUCUCAUCAAAGGGCCUACACAGGGGAGAAGCCGUAUAAAUGUAUGGAGUGUGAAAUGAGCUUCAGUCAGAGUGGCAGUCUGCUUGAUGUACAUCAGAUAACACACACAGGUGGAAAGCCGUAUACAUACAUAGAAUGUGGAGAGAGCUUCAGUCCGAGUGAGACAUUGCAAUCUCAUCAACAGCCCCAUACAGGGGAGAAGCCAUAUAACUGUAAAGAAUGUGGAAAGCACUUCUCUCUGAGUGGACAACUGCGUUCCCAUCAAAGAACACACACAGGAGAGAAGCCUUAUAAAUGCAUAGAAUGUGGAGAGAGCUUUAGACGAAGUGACCAUCUGCGUUCCCAUCAGAGGAUCCACACAGGGGAAAAGCCAUAUAAAUGUAUGGAGUGUGGAAUGAGCUUCAGUCGGAGUGGCAAUCUGCAAUCCCAUCAAAUGACUCACACUGGGGAGAAGCCAUAUAAAUGCAUGAAAUGUGGAAAGAGCUUCAGCCAGAAUAGCAAACUGCGUUCCCAUCAAAGAAUCCACACAGGGGAGAAACCAUAUCAAUGCAUGGAAUGUGGAAAGAGUUUCUCUUUCAAUGGAAAUCUGCUAUCCCAUCAAAGGACACACACCGGGGAGAAGCCAUUUAAGUGCAUUGAAUGUGGAGAGAGCUUCAGUCAGAGUGGCAAAUUGCGUUCCCAUCAAAGGACACACACAGGGGAGAGGCCAUUUAAGUGCAUGGAAUGUGGAGAGACCUUUCAUCGGAGUGACUGUCUGCGUUCCCAUGAAAGGACCCAUACAGGGGAGAGGCCGUUUGAAUGCCUGGAAUGUGGAAAGAGCUUCAGAUACAGUGGACAGGUGCGUCGCCAUCAAAGGACCCACACAGGAGAGAAGCCAUAUCCAUGUAAAGAAUGUGGAAAGAACUUCUCUCAGAGUGGAGAUCUGCUUUGCCAUCUAAGAACCCACACAGGAGAGAAGCCAUAUAAAUGUACAGAAUGUGGAAAGAGCUUCUCUCAGAGUGGAAGUCUGCGUUCCCAUCAAAGGAUCCACGCUGUGGAGAAGUCAUAUUUAUGGCUGGAAUAUGGAAAGAGCUUGUCUUUCAAUGGAAGUCUGCAGUCCCAUCAAAGAACCUACACAGGGGAGAAGCAAUGAAAAUGUUUAUGAUUAAUGAUUCUUUCAUUUAAAAGGGGAGGUGCAAUUAUUACACAAGGAAAAAAAUCAGUUUUUUUUAAAUGCCUACCUUUGAAAGGGGAAAAGGAGGAGGGAUGAUCCAUCCUCAAACAAACAGUGUUGUUUGUUUUUUAAAAAAUGUCGAACCAUUUGGGGCUCAUUUUCCCUUCCUUCUUUCUUAAAUGGCAAGGCAGUUGACAACCUAUAAAAUGGAGUGCUCUGGAGUUGUAGUCUUCCUUCUUCCUUUUGUUUUCUGAGGCAAAGUAAUUUAGAAGAUCUGUAAUGGCAAUUUUGGAGAAAGGAGGGAAAAAAGAGGACCCUGAGUUCCAGAGACUUUCAUUUCAGGUUUUUAAAACUGCUUUGCCAAAGAGAAAGGAGUCCUCUUCUUUAAGUGGGGGGGAAGGUGCUUGCUGCGGGGAGUGAAAGAGCACUUGAGAGUCAGAUCGGAGGUGCUUUGGAGAGAAAGUGUGGUGGAGAGACCCCUAUCUAAUUCUCCCACGUCUGAUGUAUACAAUCUCUCUGGGAAAUGGAAUGGAAGUUAGGUUAUCCAUCAUUCUUGAUAACCUGAAUAGAAUUCCUUAAAAGAUGUAUACGUAUGUAUGUCUCCUUUGUUGGAAGUUUUUAAAACAGGCUGAAUGUCCAUCUUUCAGGUUUCAGUCUCCUACAUUGGCAGGGGUGAACUUGAAGAUAUUUGAUUUCCCUUCCU